UGAGAUUCUUAAAUUAAAGGUUUGGACUGCAAGUGUUCUCUUGUGUACGUUGUAUGUCGUUUUAGUUACGGAACAAUUAACAUACGUGGUUGUGUAGUUUUGUAUGUAUUUUUGUUUUAUUUCUAGCUUACAAGUUGCGAUAUGUUCUUGAGAUGUACCUGUUACGAUAAAAUUAGUUGUUGAUAGAUUUCGUACACCUCUUCGACUCGACGUCACGUGUGAAUGAGAAGGGAUCGUGUUUUUCAUGGGAAGACAAGGCAUAAGAAUUGUUAUCGGCGUUGUCACUAUCUGACGUGAUUGUGAUCAAGAAUAAAUGUGGUUGGAAUGCAUCCUGGACCGAUUCAAGUGCCUGUCUUCGUAUAUCCAACACCAAUCAUAUUUUAUCUUGAAGACCAAGCGUCACACAAACAAGUAUUAACUUUAUACAAUCCUUACGAAUUCCCAAUUAGAUUCAGAGUGUUGUGCACUGCUCCAAACAAGUACACAGUUGUAGAUCCUGAGGGUUCUAUUAGACCUCGCUGUUGUAUUGAUAUCGUCGUUAGACAUAAUGCAGUUACAUUGGCGAAUUGCAACAUCACAGAUAAAUUUAGGAUACAGAUGCAAAAUCAUACAACUAAACAGCUGAUGGGUAAACAGGACAUUCCAGCAACAUUGCUUCCAGGAAAAUCAAGUGGUGGCCCAUCAGACUCUUCAGAAGAAUUUCUUAGACUUCCAUCAGCACCUAGCACUGUGCAGCAACAAUUUGGUUUGAUACGAGACCCUAGACCAGUUGGAGGCAGAUACCAAACACCAAACUACGUGGUGGUUGUAGCGGCCAUUAUUUGUAUUGGUGCGUUGCUGUUGCCAACUCAGGGUGAUGAAGACUCAAGGUUUCCCGAAUAUCUUCAUCUUACUUCUAAUCUGAAGCUAAUCUUUGCAUAUGUUUUAGGUAUGGUGACAGUGGUUGUCUUGAAGCCAGGCUAAACAGAAAAUGAUUCUCUGUGCACAUUCAAUGAGUGCAGUUGAUAACGAUAUAAAUACUGCUGAUUGAAAAAGAAGAGAGAAUUGUAAUGGCUUGAUAUGAUGCCAAUUUUAUCGUUUAGUGUAUUUCCAUUUGCUUUUAAAAUGAGUACCUGAAAAAAGUUUUUCAAGAAACAUUUUUGGGCACAUGUCCAUUUAUUGAGUUUCUAGUGCGUUUUGUAUUGAUGGCUCCAAAAAUUUGCAAGGGAAAAAAACUUUAUUUUUCCUGUUGUACUUCUACUUUCAUUAUGUUUGUGUCGUGUAACUCUUUGCCUCAAUCCUCACCUUAAAAUAAACAUAAGCAACUUUGCUUUUGAGGAAAAAAGUCCAGUGUUUGCAUUGUAUAACUUAGAUAAGGAGGGAUGUAUAUGCCUCUUUAUUGUAUUUUACAUGGUUAAUGUUCCUCUUUUAUAUAUAUUUUUGUCCUUUGCAAUUGGUUUGCUUGUUGACUUCUUCUGGAAGCACAGCGAUGCUAUGAAUUCCGAUAACAUUACAGUAUUUGUUGGAACCAUAAUUGUAUUUAUCAUGCCUGGACUUCACUAUUUUAUAAUAUAAUUCUAGCAUGGAUGUAAGGUGAUGCUGGUGCUGUUGUUAUAUACAGCAUUCCAUAAUUUAUAUUCUGUCUGUGAUUGACUGUCUUGUCAUACAUGUUUUAUAUUCAGAUGCAUGUUUAAAAAUCCCAUUUUUUUGUGUAAAAAAUAUAUGAAUUUUUGUAAAAAAUUGAAAUGUGAAAACAACACUGGAGAAGAGAUACAUAAAGUUAAGCUAAGUAAGCUACAUUUUUUAUCAGAGGAAGUAUAAUAAUCUUGCUUCAAAAUUUAAUUUUAACAGUCAUUGUCCUUCCUAUGACAAUCACGAUGCACAAACUACGGAGCUGGGGGACUUCUGCAAAGUUACCAUUUGUGUAGCAAAAUACACAUGAAUUACUCAGUGUGCACUUUUGUAACUUAUAAGGAGAUGCCACAUACUGCAGAAAUGAGGUUGGAAUUCAUUUUAUUUUCUUGUGUUACAGAAGACUCCCCCUUGUGCUUCCUGUUUGUUUUAUUUAUUGUCAUUCAGAUUUGUGAAUUAUUUUUGUUCACUGUUUAUUCCCUCCUGUUUUCAGAGGCUUUUCUUUCGUCAUUCCCCUCCCCCUCCCCCUCCCUCUCCCUAUAUUAAUUAUCUACAAAUAAAACUUAUUUUGAUGCAUUAAAGUGUGGAUUCUGUUCUCUCUCCCAUCAUAUCCAUCAGUUGUCAGUAUUCAUUUUUCUGCGCUUUAUGCAUGGCUCUGAGUUUCAUUUCCUACUCCCUUUCUUUCAUUUUCUCCAAUCAGAUAUCUCAUCAGUCAUACUUUCCGUAAUCUUAAAAAUUAGAUCUCACUCUUGAAUGCAUUUUUUUAAGACACUGUAAACAUACAACGUACACUUGAAUGCUUUGAACAUCUGGUUAAUAAUUUAACAAGUGUGCCUGUACAGGGGUUAGGGCAUAUUUAGGGUUAAAAUACCCAGUCUGCUUUCCAGAUUUAGGUUGUCCACAAUUUCAUAAGUAAGUGAAUGUCAAGGCAUUUCCUUUAAAAAGGCAACAGCCAGUCCUUACACUUACACUUACAUUGUCAUUGAAUAGGCAUUAAGCCUAAUUUGACUUACUUUUUCCUUCAUUAAUAAUUAAUUUUUCAUAGAGGUAUUACGUUCCCUACAAGAGUAAGACAAGAGGAAAGGAAAGCACAUAUGUAAUGGUAAAUAAUAAGUGAGGCACACAUGCUUAUAACAGAUCAAGAAAUUUCUUGCAUUCUUUAUCAUAUGUUGGUCUGUGAGCCAUUGCCCCAUCUUUGGGGUGAGUAGCAAUCUAUCCAUGUUUUUUAUCCUUCCUGGACUUUCCAUUGUUUACAUUCUCUUUUCAGUGGUUUAUAUGUUCUCUCAGAUCCUUCCUUUUUACUGAUAACUAUAUCAGUAAAACCGCAUCAUUUGUAACACUGGAUUGCGCAGGUCACCACUCUGCCAUUAUGAGACUGGACAAGUGACCAAAUGAGAAUGUAUGUUGCUAGUAAGUGUCUGUACAGAUCCACUCAUCUUCUGAUGCCAGAACUAGGCAUAUGAAAACUUGACAUCCUUAGUCAUCUUACAUAAUACUUUAUUUUCUACUUAUGUAAUAGAUUCAAGAGUCAUUUCAGUGCUCUAUCUUCAAAGAGUAUCCAAACUGCAAUGUACACAUUAACCAGUUGUGAAUAAGAGGACUUCAUCAGAUUUAGAAAAUAAUAUUUCCAACCAAAGUGCAUUUCAUCUAAAGUUUGAAAUAAUGACACAAGAGUUUGAUGAAUUAUUAAUUAUCAUUUGACAGGCAUACAGAAAAUAUAAUUUUUCUUUCUGUGCACCCCAAGUUGUUAGUCAGUGUGUGGCACAUUGCCUUCAAUAUUUUUUGUCUGGUAGUAGCUCUUCAUGGGAGAGUUACAUGUGCUCUUUGGUACUGAAGCUUCUAUUAAUAUUAGAUCCAUCCUAAAUUUGUUAUGGAAUUAUGUUAGAAGAACUAAAAGUGUUAUCCUGUUUCUUUCUUUUUAACUCUAGGCAGGAUGUUAGUAAUGACUGUGCUAUUUCUUUUCUUUUGUGUUCACAUCUUGAGCAUCUUGCCACUCAGAUUCGGAAAUUCUCAGCAAAAGUUUUAUUUAUUCAUGUAACAGGCAUUAAAAUUUUAGAAAGCAAAACUUAUAAGUAUUAAUAAAAUAAGGAGGUAUAAUAUUUCGCAUAUCAAAGACUAGUGAAGGAACAGUACUCAUCAAAAUAAUGUAUGAGACUAGAGAGGACUGCAGAGAGAAAAUGUAUUCUCUCUCUCUCUCUCUCUCUCUCUCUCUCUCUCUCUCUCUCUCU